AUUUUAUUCAUUUAUUUCUGAUUCUACUGGGUAUGAAUCGUGAUAUAUGGUACAGAGAUAAGGAUUCACUUCAGCUUGGUGGUGUGACACGAUAUGUAGUAAGGUAUACCCAUACAGAUUUGGAUGUUGGUGAUACUGGAAGUGCCGGAGUUACCGCCCGAACAGCUCCGGUUUAUUUCCGACUAAAGAACACUGAGAAUGCAUCUAUAAGAGCAAUACAUCUUUUGAAUGGACCAUUUACAUUAUAUUGUCAUGUGGUACCUUGCAAUUAUCAGCACAAGAAGGAGUAUGUCCCACAAAAUGAUAUGGACUCACAAGAAGUAGUUUUCGACAAUGAAAUCAAACCUGGCCAAACUUUCAAUGUUCCACUUAUUCUUAAUAGUAAUUCCUUAAGGGAAACUUUAGCAGGAGGAUCGAAUGUGUACGAGUGGUCGAUCGAUAUAAUAUCACAGAUUGUCAUCACCACCUACACAUAUAUAGAGUACGAUUUUAUGGUGGGUGACAAUUUAGAUAUCAUGAAAAAGGUCAAUCAUGGACCAUUGAACUCAGGGACUAUGCCUUUCACACGGUUGGCAAGUGGGUUUUCUCCCACGUAUUCCUCCAAUCACAGUGAAGGCGGUCUUAAUAAUAAAUAUAGUAGAGAUUCAAUUCCAAAGCUUGCAACGUCACUAAACCCUCUGUUGGAAGUUACCAAGAAGACUGCAAAAGAACUAUGGAACACUAAACCUCCAGAUCCGAAAUCUCCCGUUCAUUUGAUAAUCAUCACACAUGGUAUAUUCUCCAAUACGUAUGCAGACAUGCUUUAUUUGAAAGAGGAAAUCGAAUCUAACCUGGGACAAAAUGUGUUGGUGAGAGGAUAUCUGGGGAAUGCGGGACAUACUGAAAGAGGAGUUAAACGAUUGGGGAUAGCAGUGGCAGAAUAUGUUUUGGAAAUCAUUCCUGAGCUUCAAAAGCAAUAUUCUAUUGAUAAGAUAUCAUUUAUAGGGCAUUCGUUGGGGGGAGUCGUUCAAUUGUACGCCAUGAAGUAUAUUUUAUGGUCAGAAGGUGAAGAUUAUUUCCGCAAGCAAAGUAUCAUACCAGAACAUCUCAUAUGUAUGGCCACCCCAUUGUUGGGGGUACUUAAUGAAAUGAGUUUCUGGAUUUCCUGGUUUUUAGAUAUCGGUGCAUUGGGGAAAACAGGACGAGAUUUGACUCUUCUGAAGAAAAUCCCCACUAUAAAGGAUAUUAAAAUGAGUAGGGCACUGACUAAUACUAAGGGUCAUCAUCAUAAUUACCAUUAUUUACCUAGAGAUAAUUUUAAACCGUUACUUGAAACUUUGCCAAAUGAUCCACUUCAACUGUUUUUGAAACAAUUUUCUCAUCUUACCCUCUAUGCUAAUGCUGUUAAUGAUGGGAUAGUCCCCUUAAGAACGAGUUCCUUAUUAUAUUUGGAUUGGGAAGCAUUGGGUGAUGUAGGAGGUAUUAAGGCUGAAGAAAAGAAAGGUGUACAUAAUACUACAAAGGAUGAAAAAGAUGGUAGACAGUCUCAAUUGUCUGAUAGUGAGCAUGAUGAGGAAGAUGUUGAAACCGUUGGAGGAGGGCAGGUCGGAGAAGAAGUAGAUGAUGCGGGAGAAAAUCAAAUUUCAAUUGGAGAAGUGCCAAAUGAUGAUGAAGAUACACAGACUAGUAAAUUGAAGGAAGGUAAAAAAUCUUUCAAACCGAAAUCUCACAUUUCUAAAUACUUGGAAUUAAUGGCACUCAAUGUUAACAUAAAGCCAAGUAAAAAGACUAAACGGAAAAUAUCAAGACGUGAAAGGAAGUUUAUGAUGAUUAGUGCCAAGGGUAUUGAUCCUUUGGAGAAAGAAAAUGAUGCAAAUAUUAGUAGUACACCUACAAACGAAUCAAGAGACGUAUCAAGUGAUGGUGAAUACUACCCACAAUUGAAUAUCCCGCCCAAGGCAUCGGCGAUAGAAUCGGCUUUAAACACUCUUUUGUGUCCGAUUCCGUCUCCGAAGUAUGUCAUAAAUCCAGAAUCUCGGCCCAGUAUUAUUUUCCAUGAUAAGUUUUACAGUUUCCUGAAUAUUCCACAAACAACACAUGUUAGUCGUCGUAAUAGAAUAGGAGAGAUUCUAUUCAAGUAUCAUGAUAGUAAGGCUGAAAAGCAAGUGAAAAUUGCGCAAAAAUAUCAUGAUGGUCUAACUUGGAGAAAAGUUCUUGUACAUCUCCCUCCAGAUGCCCAUAAUAACAUUGUUGUGCGGCGUCGAUUUGCAAAUGGAUAUGGAUGGGGGGUAGUUGACCAUAUAGUACAUCUUUUCCAAGAAGAUAUAGGAGCUAAGAAGACAAAACUGAAAAUGUAAAUGGAGGUAAAGGGCCCUGAUAUUCGAAUUCAAAGAAUUCAACUCUUGUUACAUGACGUUAAAUGGUUACAAUGUAAUACGAAUCCUGUGUGAAUCCUCAGUGAUGAGCUAUGACGUCAAAAGACAAAUUGAUGCGGGAACUAGUUUCCGUUCAUUUCGCCGCACGUGGGAAAAAGUCAUCCAUACAUUUGUAGACGGCAAACCUACUCGCAAUGUGGAUCUGUUCCACGUGUUAUACAGAAGCACCGUAACGGUUUCAAAAUGGGGAGAUUCUCUACAUUAUUUUUAAUUUAACGCGUACAAUAAUUAUAGAACCAAACAAUGCAAAGUAAAACAAAAAGGGGUAAAUGUGGCGAAGGAGAAGGUUCAGAACAAAGUUCUAAUUAAUAACUUGCAUUUUGGCUAUCUACAGUGUAUUUGAUAUUACUCACACGCUUGUUAUUGAUGUAAACAUGGCAGUCAAACCCCAUCUUCGUGUAGGUUAAGAAAUUUGAGAAUAUUGUGGCAUUCGUGUUGUAAAUAAAUUUGCUCCUUUUCUUGGGAGCGAAAGUUUUGUUAUCACUUCUUUCUUGAUGGCAAGAUAAGAUAAGCUUUUUUUUUUAUUUUUUUUU